AAUAAAUAUCACCAAUAAUAAGAACUAAAUCAUUUUAUUCCAUUCUUCUUUUUAAUAUUACUAUUCUUUACCUUCCACUCUAUCCUUCGAAAUGUAUAUCUCUAUUGUUAAAAAACAAUUUUAAAAAAACUAAAUACUGUAUAAAAAGUACAUUAAGCGAGCGGGAAAAAACAGGAGUGUGUAUAUGCAAAUGAAACAAGUUUUCUGUUCUGACUACUCUGCCAUCUGGAAACAGCUGUUUGUUAACACCCCCGAGCAUCAUGGCCGCUCCCAGUCCGAUGGAGCCGUUAAAAAUGACAUUUGUUGGCUGAAAUGCUAUCGAACAGUGCCUAAAUAUCCUUCAUUUAUACGACGAGUGUAAAUAUCGUGAACACAGUUCAAUUGUAUUUCAUAUUGCCCGUAUUCGCCAUUUCGGGGAUGACUUCCGUGUGAUUUCUUUUCAAUUCGUAUGCGAAUGUUCCUCCUACGCUACUCGUCUUUUACAGAUAGUAAUCAGUGUUUUGUUCAGACAUUAUUCAAAAUAAUACACGUAUUGCAUUGUCAGGACAUGUUACAAUGAUGCCGAUAAAGGAUAACCAGGAUGUGGCGUGCUUUCUGGUCACCAAACACUCGUGGAAGGGAAAGUACAAACGUAUUUUCUCAAUUGGAUCCAUGGGUAUAACAACAUAUAAUCCUACUACAUUAGAAGUCACAAACAAAUGGGAAUACUCAGAUUUUAUAAGUGUGCAACCGACAAAUAGAAAUCAGUUGGGCUCGCAUGAAUUUAGCAUAACAAUGCGCAAAGAACGUAAAGUUGACAAUAUGAAAUUUAGUUCAGAAUACAGAGCUGAUUUAUUAACUGAGGCUCUUAAGUAUAGGAAUCAAUUCGUUGAAAAACCUAAAGAAAUUUUGAGAUACCAAGCUUACAAACAUCAUUGGUCCGAUACAAGAUUACCUGUUGUAUUAGAAGUAACGCCAUUUAGUCUUGACCAAUUAGAUCCAGCUACUAACAUGGUAUUAGCCAGUUAUUGUUACAAAGAUUUUGAAGGAAUUGCCACAAUGAAAGAUUAUCCUAAUGGAUUUGUAAUUGUAUGUGGCGGAUUUGGACGUUUACAUCUAUUCGCUUCUCAACACAUGGAAGAAAUUAAGAAAAAGUUACAUGAUUCAGCUAUGAAUAAUUUAGGCAUUACAAUAAAAGUUUUGAAAGAACCAAUCAAAUUAGAUGAUUUUGUUGCUCAAAGAUUGGGCAAAUUUAGUGGGGAUGAACAUAUAACAAGUGUUUCAGAGUUUACUGUUCACAAAUAUUCAUCUAGACAUAUAGAUCCACAAAGAAGAACUCUUUGUCUCUCUGACACUUGUUUAUUGGAGAGAGAUCCUCAAACAUAUAAUAUUUGUACUCUUAGGCCAUUGUCAGACAUUUUUGCUUUGAUUCGUGAUAAUGAAAACCCACAACUAUUCACUAUACAAUACCUUAAUAAUCAGUCACGCAGUUACACUGCAACAGAUAGAGAUUCUUUACUGGCAUCUUUAUUGGAUGGUGUUAGAGCAUCUGGUAACAGAGAUGUUCAUGUCAGAAUGUAUCCAAUUCCUCGAGGAAAAAGACUUGGACCUCUGAAUUUGCCAGUUGAUGAAGAAGUUGAAACAUCUCAUGUUAAAUUUUUACACCAACCACCUAGUGGACGUACAUUUGCUGAAAUUUUGGAAAGAUUUAAUGCAAACAUUCCCUACAGUGGUCUGAAUUAUUCUGUGACCCAAGAUGGUCUUUUCACUGAAAAUAAAGAUAAAAUUAUUCUCAGUGCUCUAAAUGGGGUAGUCAACAGAGAUUUAGAAACAAAUGGCGAAAUAGAGGCACAGUUUCAUUGUUUGAGAAGAUUAGUUGCUAGUAAAAUUGGUUUCACUGCAUUUACUACACUUCCUGGAUUCAGAGAAUCAAUUGGUCAUAAAGUUGUAAAAGCUUUAAAAAGGCAAGAUUACGGUGUAACACAGGCUGCUAUAGAUUGCAUUUGUGCUCUUAUGCAGCCGAUGCAUGAUGAUUGUGACUUAAGACAAGAACAAUUAAAUAAAAGUAGUCUUCUCAGCAGUAACAAAUUCUUGGAAAGUUUACUUGAUAUGUGGAUCAAUCAUAUUAAUCAUGGUACAGGCGCUCUGGUAGUUUCUGCCAUGCUUGAUCUUCUGACUUUUGCCCUAUGUGUACCAUACAGUGAAACAACUGAUGGAAAACAUUUUGACAACCUCUUAGAAAUGGUUGCUGCUAGAGGCAGAUCCCUUUUUAAAUUGUUUCAACAUCCAUCGCUAGCUAUCGUCAAAGGUGCAGGCUUAAUAAUGAGAGCAAUUAUUGAAGAAGGUGCUCCAGAAGUUGCAGCAAAAAUGCAAGAACUUGCACUUGCUGAAGGAGCUUUGCCAAGACAUUUACUAAAUAGUCUUUUCACUGUUGGCACUGAUGGUAGACUAUUAACACAUAGACAGUUAUGCAGGCAUCUUGUAGGACUCUGGGUUACAGGACAUCCUACGGCUAUGGGUUUAUUAAAAAGAAUCAUGCCUGUUGGUUUAUUAAAUUACUUAGACUCCAAUGAGAAGGUUCCCGAGUCUUUUCUUGAGAAAGAAAGAUUGAACAAUCGUGACAAUUUAAAAAUAGCAAUAGAUCAUGCAUCGAAAAAUAAGAAGAACCCACAGUGGAUUGCGAUCGAGCGCCAAAUGCGCGUGGUUGAGAAACACGUGGAACAUGCUCUUCAACAUUGGGGAGCCAGGAUCGGCAUCGAGCGCAAAGAAAAAAUUAAAGAACGUCCAAUAGUAUUAAGGAAACGAAGGGAAAGGAUCAAAUCAGAAGCGAAUUGGAAUUUGUUUUAUUAUAAAUUCAAUCAGGAUCAUUCGCUGCCAAAUUUAAUUUGGAACCAUAAAACACGAGAGGAAUUAAGAACAGCACUUGAAAAUGAAAUUCGCGCAUUCUGUUCUGAUAAAGAUUUGGCUGGUGGGACACUAAUUGCUUGGAAUCAUAGAGAAUUUGAAGUACAGUAUCAGUGCCUGUCAGACGAGGUGAAAAUUGGCGAUUAUUACUUAAGGCUUUUGUUGGAAAAAGAUAGUCCGGAUAGUCCAAUAAGAAAAUCGUAUGAAUUUUUUAAUGACUUGUACCAUAGAUUCAUAUUAACAACAAAAGUUGAAAUGAAGUGCCUUUGCUUGCAAGCAAUGACUAUAGUAUAUGAACGAUAUUAUGAAGAUAUUGGUCCAUUUUCGGAUACAAAAUAUAUUGUAGGCAUGCUGGAACGUUGUACGGACAGAAUGGAACGUGAUAGAUUAGUCAUGUUUAUAAAUAAACUCAUAUUGCACAGGAGAAAUGUAAAAGACAUAAUGGAUCAAAAUGGAGUACGCACAUUGGUAGAUCUACUGACGUUAGCUCAUUUACAUACAUCACGAGCAGUUGUACCGACGCAAACUAAUGUAAUAGAAGCAGGACCACAGCAGCAGCAAAUAAUGGAAAAAGAAUGGUAUUAUAACGAUGGCGAUCAGCGGAAAGGUCCUAUAAGUUUGAAGGAUUUGAAAGAGUUGUAUUUAACAAAUCAAAUUACAUACAAAACAAAAGUUUGGGCACAAGGACUGGACGGGUGGCGAAUGAUUUCACAAGUCCCACAAUUGAAAUGGACAUUAGUCGCAAAAGGAUCACCAGUAAUAAAUGAAAGUGAAUUGGCAACGUUAAUCCUAGAUAUUUUAAUCAAAAUGUGUGAAUAUUUUCCAAGUAGGGAUGUUGAUGACGCGGUAAUCAGACCCUUACCGCGCAUGAAGCGGUUAUUAUCUGAUCUUCAGUGCCUACCUCACAUUGUUCAACUUUUAUUAACCUUUGAUCCGGUUUUAGUUGAGAAAGUAGCUACUUUAUUAUGUGAAAUAAUGCGGGAUAACGCAGAUGUUUCAAAAAUCUAUCUUACCGGUAUCUUCUAUUUCAUAUUAAUGUAUACUGGUUCUAAUGUUUUACCGAUAGCACGGUUUUUGCAAUUAACACACACGAAACAAGCAUUUAGGAGUGAUGAUAACGUCGCGUCUGAUAUCAUGCAGCGAAGUAUUCUUGGACAGUUAUUGCCCGAUGCGAUGGUGAGUUAUUUAGAAAAUCAUGGCGCAGAAAAGUUUGCACAAAUAUUUCUCGGAGAUUUCGACACGCCAGAAGCUAUUUGGAACGCUGAAAUGAGAAGAAUGCUCAUAGAAAAGAUAGCAACACAUAUUGCAGAUUUUUCUCCAAAGUUACGAAGCCACACAAUGGCAAGAUAUCAGUACAUUGCUAUACCUGCAGUCAGAUAUCCACAAUUAGAAAAAGAAUUGUUCUGUCAAAUAUUUUAUCUACGUCAUCUUUGUGAUACCGUUAAAUUCCCCCAAUGGCCUAUUCCUGAACCAGUACGACUAUUUAAAGAUGUAUUAGACACAUGGAAGAAGGAAGUAGAGAAAAAACCACCGUUGAUGACAGUGGACGAAGCUUAUAAAGUUCUUCAGUUGUCUCAUGGAAAACAGCAUAAUGAGGCUGAAGUGAGAAAAUCAUACUAUAAACUUGCACAAAUGUAUCAUCCUGAUAAAAAUCCUCAAGGAAGAGAUAAAUUCGAAGCAGUUAAUCAAGCAUACGAGUUCUUAUGUAGUCGGAGUUGUUGGGCUACCGAUGGUCCGAAUCCUGACAACAUAGUACUUAUUUUGAGAACACAAAGCAUCCUAUUCCAUAGAUAUUCUGACGAACUUAGACCAUAUAAAUAUGCCGGUUAUCCUCAACUAAUCAAAACAAUAAAAUUAGAAACAGAUGAUGAACAGUUGUUUUCAAAGUCCGCGCCGUUACUAGCCGCUGCCAGUGAACUAGCAUAUCAUACAGUUCAGUGUUCUGCAUUGAACGCGGAGGAGCUCCGUAGAGAAGGGGGAUUAGAUGUUUUAUUGGAAGCUUAUACGCGAUGUGUUUCUGUUUUAAAUAAAUCAAGCAAACCUAAUGAUAUAGCAGUACAAGUUUGUAUGCAUAUAACAAGAUGUUUCGCGGUCGCUGGCUCGUUUAGGGGUUGCAAAGAUAGAAUUAUUGAAUUGCCACAACUGGUUAAAGAUAUUUGUAGAAUAUUACAUUUCAAGCAUUUAACAAAAUUAUGUUCAGUGGCCACAGAGUGCAUCUCUUCUCUUGCUACAGACAGUGUACUCCAAAUGCAAUUGUUACAAUCAGGUGCUUUGUGGCAUUUAUUGCUGUUUAUGUUUAAUUACGAUUAUACACUGGAAGAAGGUGGCGUUGAGAGAAAUCAAGACGAAAAUCGUCAAGAAGUGGCAAAUAAUUUAGCUAAAUUGGCUGUACGGGCUUGUGCUAGAUUAGGCGGUUACAUGACCGGAGAAAAUGAAACACCUGUUAAUCCAGUUACGGUAGCUGCUUUAGAAAGUUUGUUAACACCUUACUUAGCACGGCAACUUGGAAAAAACAAGCCGGAGGAAAUAUUGAAAAUUUUGAAUUCAAAUUGUUCAAAUCCAUAUCUAAUUUGGGACAACGGAACAAGAGCAGAAUUAAACGAAUAUUUGGAAGCUAAACGACAAAAAAGAUUAAAUGGAAGUGAAACCUUUGAGCAUGAUUUUAGCGAUUUUAAAUAUAGUUCUCAUGCAGAUGAACUUAUUAUUGGGGAGAUUUUCGUAAAAGUAUAUAAUGAGCAGCCUGUUUUUCCGAUAGAGAAUCCUAAAAGCUUUACAAUAAAUUUACUUGACUUUUUGUCGGACUCAUGGGAAUACUUGACAUCAAUAGGAAAUGUAGCACUAGCUAAGAAAGAUCAAAGAAAAUUAAAACAUAUUGUCAUGUCUCUAGAAGCCUUAAGAAAUGUGAUCAAGAAUAAUCCAGGAAUAGAAUUACAAUGCAUAGGGCAUUUCAGAUUAUUAUUUGGACUUUUAAAUAGUAAUAAUUUCAAAUUAAUUCAAAAGCAUGCUUUGGAGGUGAUUAGUAGUGUUACAAGGAAUCAAGAGUGUGUGGAUGAUAUUGCGGCAAAUGAAGUUAUGGUAUAUUUGUUAUUAUCAUUAAAUACCUUAAAGGAGUGUCAACUUCUUAUACUAGAAACAUUAUAUGCCCUAAUGAGUUCUACAAAAAUUGUAAAGGAUGCACUAUCUAAAGGUGCUGUUGUAUAUAUUCUUGAUUUAUUCUGUAAUUCAAGUAACACACAAAUACGUGAAACAGCUGCUGAAUUGCUUGGUAAAAUGUCGUCCGACAAGUUGGCGGGUCCGAAAGUAAAAUUAGAUCUAUCCAAAUUUCUGCCUAGAUUAUUUAGUGAAGCAAUUCGGGAUGUUCCUAAACAAUGCGUGCACAUGUUUGAAACGAAACAUGAGAAUCCUGAACUAAUUUGGGAUGAUAAUGCCAAAGCUAAAGUCUCAAGGAUUGUCGCCGAAUUAAAAGAGGAAUAUUAUGCAUUGCAAAGGCGAAAUCCCAAUGCAAUAUUAAAGUUACCUGAUACUCAGAAUAAUAUUGAUAUCGCAACAAGUGAGCCCGUAGUGGGUGGUGUAUAUCUGAGAUUAUUUGUAGCUAGUCCUGCAUGGGCUCUUAGGAAACCUAAAGAAUUUUUAAGCGAACUUAUGGAUACCACAUUAACACUUAUGUCCAAAGAAAAACCUGAUUCGGACAUGUUGGAAUUAACAACACAAGCAUUAGUAUGUUUACUUCAAGCACAACCAACUUUAGCCGACCAAGUUCCAUCGUUAGGACAUAUACCUAGACUUUGUCGGCAAAUGGCAAUACAAAAUAAUCAACCAUCUGUGUAUAAAACUGCGAUAUUAAUACUUCAUCAAUUAGCGACCAGUGAAAUUUGUAUAUCAUCCAUUUGUCAAACUGAAUGCAUAAGCCCAUUGAAACAUGCGAUGCAAUCUAGGAGGGAUAUGAUAGCAAUAGCAUGCGAGACAUUAAAUAGGUUAUUCUCAACUAACGAAGAUAGACUUAUAAAACAAGCUUUGGAUGCUGAAAUGGUACCCUAUUUAUUAAACAUACUAGAGGGACGAUUAGAUGCUAUUGAAAAUCCUGCAACAACCAAAGCUCAAAUAGUUAAAGCUUUGAAAGCUAUGACUAGAAGUUUGUUGCUAGGGGAAAAAGUCAAUGCUAUACUAGAGAAAUCAAGUGUUUGGGCGGAAUACAAAGAUCAACGGCAUGAUCUAUUCAUUUCUAAUGCUACUAACUCUGGUUACCUUACUGCUGGAACGCCGGUGUCUGCUGGUUAUUUAACGGCUGGUCCAAGUACCACUAUAACCACCGGUCCACCACCAGUGGACAAAGAAGAUAGCUUAAUUAACAGGAACGAUAAUAUCUGAUAUAGGUAGCAUCGCAAGUAAAUACAAGAGGCAGGUAAAAAUGCCGAUCCUGAAAUUCCUAUCGGUAUGUCAUACCGGUGUAAAGACUACAUUGCCUGUGAUUUUCGGGUCCUUAAACUAAGGAAUUUAUCAAUCGAAUGUUUUUGUUAAAUUUACAUUUAUAUUAAGAUUAUUAUGAAUAUAUAUAUAUAUAUACAUAUAUAUAUAUAUAUACAUAUAUAAAUAUAAUGAUACUCUUUAUUAUGCUGUAUAAGCAAAUUACAUGUAAGUAAUGUCAUUCUUUACGGCGUUAAUGUGUGGCAAAAGAUAGUAUUCAAUGAAAGUCUAUUACUAAACAAAUUUUUCUAGGAAAAUACACAUCUGAACGAGAAAAAUCUCUUGUGUCGAUUUUCAACGGUUUUUGUAAACGGACACUUAUUUUGUAAUUUAGCAACUCUUCCGACGCAACUUUUUAUUGCUUACCAUCAAAACGAACUUACGUUGUCGAGUGAAUUCAUCUGUAUCGUAUGAGAGAUUAAGGCACAGAUUCGUUUAUCAAACUUCUAAUGAGAAUAAGUAACUUGUACUCUUUAAAGAUCGGAGAAACGAUUUUACAUCCCCUUACAAAAUUAAAAUUAAGACCAGCAAAAAAAAA